AUGUCCCAACAUCAAGCAUCUUCAUCGGGUCUGAACACAUCAGCAGCAUCGUCCUCGACAACAUCCUCGGAAAUAGUCAUUAAAACCGUCGACAUGACCGAAGAAAUGAAAGACAUGGCAGUAACGGUCACAAAACAAGCCAUGGAAAAAUAUACAAUCGAAAAGGAUAUUGCAUCGUUUAUUAAAAAACAAUUUGAUGAAGUGUAUGGAAAAUAUUGGCAUUGUAUCGUCGGAAAGAGUUUCGGAAGUAUGGUCACAUACGAAUCCAAGUGUUUUAUUUACUUUAUUUUCUCUGGCUUAACAAUAUUACUAUUUAAAUCAGGUUGA